AGGGCCGCGUGGGAAAACUAUGGCAGGAAUUCGGCCCGGGGAGGGCUGCGGGUGCGGAGCGCCCUUCAGUCCCAGCGGUGUGUGCGCCGAGCCGCGGGAGGUUAAACAAUAGCGGCUCGGACGCCCUGUCGGGGUCCAGCCCGGAGCUGCGGGAGCGGCACUGCCGAGCUGCCUCUAGACCGCGGGGCUCUGCCCCUCACCUCCAGCUCCGUUGGCCUGCUCUAGACCGAGGUGUGGGGAAGACAGUCCGCUGAUGCCUGGAGAAAGCACAGUGUGACUGCCCUUUGGGGUGUGUGGUUUCCAGGUAACCUGCUGCACUCUCUUUGGGCUUUGUCUCCUGCCAUCCUAACCUGGAUGCCGACUGUGCAGUUGAGUCCCGUUCAGCUAAGCUCCGUGGAGAUACAGAAAGGAUUUCAUGUCCCCAGCACUGAUCCUGUUGUGAUUUGCCAUCAAGUUUCAGUUCCUGCAGUUUGGUCAAGAAAUCUGAGUUCCCAGCAGAUGCUGAUGCUCUGAUGCUGCUGGUCAAGGACCACACUUUGAGAACUGCUGCCUAAUUGGAUCCUGGACACUAAGGCCCUCUCUCAGCUCCUGUGCCUGCUGCCGUGGCCUUGGUGGCGACCUCCCUUGGUGGACAGCCCAGGGCUUCCUCAGCCCAUGCAGUCCCCGGCUACCCCUGCUGAAGGCCUCAGUGGCUCCCUCUUUGGGGCCUACCCCCUGCCUACCUUCAAGUUCCAGCCUCGCUCUGAGAGUGUGGACUGGAGGCGCAUUAGCGCCCUGGAUGUGGACCGUGUGGCUCGGGAGCUGGAUGUGGCUGCCCUGCAGGACAACAUCACCGGGGUGACCUUCUGCAAUUUGGACCGGGAGGCAUGCAGCCGCUGUGGGCAUCCUGUGGACCCGGUGCUGCUCAAGGUGCUGCGCUUGGCCCAGCUCAUCAUCGAGUACCUGCUGCACUGCCAGGAUUGCUUGAGCACUAGCGUCGCCCAGCUGGAGGCCCGGCUGCAGGCCAGCCUGGGCCAGCAGCAGCGUAGCCAGCAGGAGUUGGGGCGCCAGGCCGACGAGCUCAGGGGUGUGAGAGAGGAGAGCCGACGGCGUCGCAAGAUGAUUGGCACCUUGCAGCAGCUGCUCCUGCAGACGGGGGCCCACAGCUACCACGCGUGCCACCUGUGUGACAAGACGUUCAUGAAUGCCACCUUCCUCCGGGGCCACAUCCAACGCAGGCACACGGGCACAGCAGAAGGCGAGAAGCAGAAGAAGCAGGAACAACCAGUGGAGGAGGUGUUGGAAGAGCUGCGGGCCAAGCUAAAAUGGACCCAAGGGGAGCUGGAAGCCCAGAGGGAGGCAGAGAGGCAGCGGCAGCUGCAGGAAGCAGAGAUCAUCCGUCAGAAGGAAAUAGAAGCUAAGAAAGAAUUUGAUGAAUGGAAAGAAAAAGAGCGGGCCAAGCUAUAUGAGGAAAUAGACAAGCUAAAAAAAUUAUUUUGGGAUGAAUUUAAAAGUGUUGCCAACCAUAACUCUGUGCUAGAAGAGAAACUGCAGGUGCUGCAGUCCCACAGUGUGGUGGAGUCCAAUCUCGGGUCACUGCGGGAUGAGGAGUCUGAGGAGCGACUCAGGCAGACUCAGGAGCUCCAGGUCCUGAGGGAGAAGAUGGACAUUCAGAAGGCAGAAUGGAAGAGAAAAAUGAAGGAACUUCAGGGAAAGCAUGCGGCUCAGAAGCAAGAGCUGCAGGAGCAGAACGAGAUGCUCCGGGCCUCCCUGUCUCAGGAUCAGAGGAAAGCAGCCGCCCAGUCCCAGCGCCAGAUCAGUGCUCUCUGCGCCCAGCUCCAGGAACAAGCCAGGCUCAUUGCCUCCCAGGAGGAGAUGAUCCAGACCAUGUCUCUCAGGAAGGAGGAGGGGACCUGUGAGGGCCUGAAGGCUGUGGUCACAGAAGAAGACUCUUCUGAGGAAGAUCUGGAGGACUCCCGAGACGGACAGCAGAAUGUGCUGGCUGCUCUGAGGCGAAACCCCACCCUGCUGAAGCAGUUCAGGCCAAUCUUGGAGGACACCCUGGAAGAGAAACUGGAAAGCAUGGGGAUAAAGAGAGAUGCAAAGAGAAUCUCCAUUCAAACUCUCAGACACCUUGAGUCCCUCCUGAGAGCCCAGAGGGAGCAGAAGGCACGGAGGUUUUCUGAAUUUCUGAGUCUGAGGGAAAAGCUUGUCAAGGAAGCCACCAGCAGAGUGAAGAUGGGACAGAGGAAGAGGGCACCAGCGUCCCAGCCAGACACCAAGUCUCCAGUCAAAAGCCAGCAGAACCCAUUGGUCAUCAAAGAGGCACAGGCGAAGUCCAGGAACCUGCAUGUGGUGUCGCCAUCCAAACCAGCAGAGCCUCCCACGACGACUCUUCAGAGCCACGGCAGCCAUGGCCCUGGCCUGGCCCACGUGCCCACCCCCGCUCCACGUCCCAGAGCACAUGGACGCUCCGGCACCCCUGCGUCCCCAGGGCCUGGGCUGAGUACUCCCCCAUUCAGUUCUGAAGAGGACUCGGAGGAGGGAAAUUCGGUGCAGCGGACAUCCCUCCAGCCCCCACGAGGUCCCUCCAGGAUGGGGUCCCGGCCAGAGGAUGACUGGGACUGGUCUGACACCGAGACCUCGGAGGGGAGUGCCCAGCCCCCUAACAAGGGCUCAGGCGGGCUGGCUUCCUCAGGAACACUAGUACAGUCGCUGGUCAAAAACCUUGAGAAACAGCUGGAAGCUCCAGUGAAGAAGCCCUCUGGAGGGGUCAGUCUGUUCUUACUGCCUAACAGUGGGCCCCAGAGGGCUGCCGUGCCGGGAAACAAGCCUCAGCUUUCUGAUGCUGAGAGUGACUUGGAGAUUUCUUCCUUGGAAGAGCUCCCCCAGGACCUGGGCCAGAGAGAAAAACUGAAGCCCCUGUCUCGCUCAAAGCCACCUGAGAAGUCUGAUGCCAGCCCUUGGAGCCCUGGCCGACCCAGGGUCCCUGGUUGGUGAUCCUGCCCCAGAGGCAGGCUCCCUGAACAGAAGAGGCUGCUAGCCUCUUGUCUUCGCCAGUAACCAAGAGAUCUCCUUUGGAAAGAAGCAGAGCAGAAGUUGGAUAUAAUUUCUUCCCUCCCACCUGUCCUGCUCCCGAGCACCAGGGGUUCUUGGUGCCCCCUGGGUCCCAAGGCUUGAGAAAGGGUUAUAAUGGGUUAUAAAGGGUUAUAAUGAGCAGUCUCCUUUCCCACCUCCGUGUUCACUCUGGCCUGAAGGAGCCCCUUGAUCUUUAUUUGCUGGCAUUUUGUGAAUAUGUGGGAUCAGUGUGUAGAUGACUCUUACCCUUUGUGGGGACACAUGCCUCAGUCAGUCAUUCAGUGACUGAUCCAAAGUCAUUUACUGAGUGCUUGCUCUGUGCUAGGCCCUUCAGCCUCUCCCUGCUGAAUCGGGGUGCUGGCAGAGGUGACUGGGGUAGAAUUACAGGGUGCUAAACUAGUGACAAAGCUUAGGGUGCUAUGGUAGUAGAGCCCGAGCCAGCCAGUGCUGUAAGGGGCGGUCCUGGAGAGGGUCUCAGAACUGAUGUCUGGCUGUGCUUGCACAGUGGUAGGAGGGAAGGAAAGCCACCUGGAUGGGACCCCAUGCUCAAAGGACCACAAAUUUAAUUUUUGAUAUUAUCUCCAAAAUUAAGUUAUCUAUGCCACCACUGUAUUUUUUUAAUGUGAAGAGCUUAAUUUAUUAUAUGUGAACAUUUAAAUAACACAAUGGUUACAACUCGUGUGUACUCAUUAUUUUUAGAGCUUCAGUAGGGUCAGAGUAGGGGUGAAGCGAGUGCACCUUGGUCGUGUCAGGUGAGGUCUGUUGGGAUGCGGUUGCCAAGAUGGAGUUAGGAGUGCCAGAGGUUGGCUGGGCUGAAGGCGGAGGAAGUAGAAGGGUCAGGGAGAGUCCUCAGAGAGUGGGGGAGGUCCCACCACUGGGAGAGAAGAGGGAGCCCCCAGACUGCCUGGCAGGGCUGACAUCUCCACCAGCCCAGUGGGAGCUGUGGAGCAGGGAACCCUCUUACCACCCCCCACCGCCACUGGGGAGAAAGGGCUGGGCUCUAGUGCCCCCACCCUGUCAACCUACUCCAUUCCUCAAGAGUCCAACAGCAAUUUCUGGCCUUAAGGGAGAUGCAGCCUUGUGCCUCCAAGACUCACACGUAGAGGAACCCCUGUCCAUCUGCCCAUUUGUCGGGCAGCAAAGACAAUGACUGAGACUUCGAGUAUGCAGCAAGGGAAAGGGUUUAGUGGAGAGGCAGCCAAAUGGGGAGACAGGAGGGCAAGCCUCAGACCUCUCUUUGCAGGAGGAGAGUAAGGGAAAUGUAAAGGCAAACUAAGAGAGGGCUGGGUAAGAAGUUGCAGCUGUACUUACCAUUCUGCUGCUGUGAUGGGUCCCCUUUGGUCACAGGUUUCAGGAGUAGUGUGAUCAGUGCACAUCCCCAACACCCAGCCUCAGCCAUUAGGAACGAAACUCAUGGCCAGUCUUGCUCCAUCUCUCUCUCCCCUCACCUGGGGUCUCUUGCCCUCCCCAGCCCUCCAUCCGGGCUUCUUUUGACAUCUGGGUUCUGGCACAUGGCCAGGACCAGAAGUUCUGGUGGGAGGAACCAGGGGAAGCGAGGGAGGA